AUGUCCGGCUCCGGAUAUGAUGCGGUGGUAGACGUGGACGAUGAGGGCGACCUCGGAGAUACCGAUCUCCAAGAAGAUCUCGAAUUCCACAGCUCCAACUUCAAUGAGCCCUCUUCCUCACGAGGCGGCCGCAAGGCACCAGCACCGGGGCUCCCACCACCAGCGACAUCUUCCUCCUCCUCCUCCUCAAAGCGCUAUCUCUGGAGCAUGUCCUUCUAUGCGCAGUUCUUCGACGUCGAUACAUCCGCUGUUCUAUCGCGCUGCUGGGCGGCCUUGUUCCCGCGGGCAAACUUCCUCGACGUAUUAGAGGGAAAUCCCGAUUUGUACGGGCCGUUUUGGAUCGCAACGACCGUCGUCCUGAUUCUCUUCCUCGGCGGCACAAUCAGCCAAUAUCUCUCGACGACGGGCAAGUCCGCGUUUGCGUAUGAUUUUAGGCUACUCAGCGGCGCGGCGGGCCUGAUCUACGGCUAUACCCUGGUCAUCCCGGUGGCCCUGUAUCUUGCUCUUCGAUACUUUGGAAGCGAAUCGGCGAACCUCCUUGAAAGCUGGGCUCUGUACGGAUACGCGAAUCUGAUAUGGAUACCCGUUGCUCUGAUUUCGUGGUCACCAAUCUCCAUCCUUAACUGGGUAUUUGUGGGUGUUGGAUUCGGCCUGUCUGUAGUGUUCUUAGUACGAAACCUAUAUCCAGUAUUGAGUGCGACCGAUCAACAAAUCAGCAAGAUCCUACUUGUUGUCGUCAUCCUGCUGCACGCCGGCCUUUCAUUGACUAUCAAGAUCCUCUUCUUUGCUCAUGGAAGUCCGGUUGCGCGAACUCCUACCGAUGGUGGCUCUGAUAAGCCGCAGUAA